ACUUUUUGGUGACAUUUAUUUCAUUAUCACUGCUUCUUUUGAGAUGUGAAGCCCAUGCUGCUUCAAAACAAUUUCAACCAACUAUCUAUAACACCAUGAAUAAUACCAAAUUGAUUUGCCACGAAGGGUUCAUGUCUGUUCGCAUAUCAAAGGCACAAUUUGCUGAUCUUCCUUUUACCAUUUAUGUCCAAGAUGAACACGCCGGGUAUCACCAAGUCAUUGCUCUAGCAAAACAAUGCCACUACUUCCUUCGAGAAACUGACAUCUUUAUCAUCUUAACCGUUGCUUCCCACGGAUGCUUUGUGAGAAUACAAAAAUAUAUCACAAUUCUGAAUGUUGUCAUCGUGGCACUUGCAGAGAGGGGAGAAGUUGAAAUUGUCAAGUCAAUACCUCUCAUCUGUGAGAAGAAAAUUAAAGCUAAGGUGAAUGAAAAUGAUCAUCCACCUGUAUCAAGACAUUUUUUCUGCACCAGGGAUGGGUUCAACAUUACCAUCCCUCAGAAUGCCACAGUCCCACCUCUGAACCUGGAUGCAGUGAGGAUCCCUUCAGGUCAAAGACGCAAUUGUAAACCCCAACAAAGAUCCAAGGAUGCGGUCACGUUCAGCUUUCCAUUCACUGAUUGUGGCACUCAGUCCAUGAUAGCAGGUGGGAUUAUAACCUACUGGGUCAACAUUGAGGUGAAACAAAAUCUGCAGGGAGGCUCUAUAUUUCAUGACACUCCUUUCCACUUUGCACUGAACCAAAUUAGUCAGCUCGGCAUCGAGGUUCAGGGAGAAACGUCCCUGUCGACACUGAGGAGCGAAGGAAUACUGAGGACUGAGAUGAGGUUUGCCAAAGAUUCCAGUUACAGGUCUUUCUAUUCCUCUCGUGACCCUCCAACAGUGACUGAGCUUGGCCAGCCUGUUUACGUGGAGGUGUUUGUUCUCAAACAUGAGGACAAGGAUUUGGUGCUGCUGCUGGGGGACUGCUGGGCGACACCGACAAAAAACCCACAUGACCCACACAGAUGGAACCUGCUUGUUAAGGGAUGUCCUUUCAGUGGUGAUAGCCACACAACUGUUGUGUUGCCAGUUGUCUCCAGUGAGGAGCUGAAGUAUACCUCUCUUCAUAAGUGGUUUGUGGUCAAGCUCUUCUCAUUUGUGAAGCCCCCAACAUUUGAAAACCUGGUAUAUUUCCACUGUGAUAUAGAGAUCUGUAAAGGACCAGAUUGCUUACAGUCAUGCAGCAAUAGAAGGCGCAAAUUAAGAAGAAUCACCCCAGGGCCCGGGCAGAGAAAUCUUUACAGUGUAGUCUCUGGUGGACCUCUUUUUUUUCUACUGUAAAUAACUGUCCAUUUGUGAUGAAAAUAAAUCAAUGCCUUACUACA